AUCUAUUGCUUAUACACAGAGAUAUGACAUGACAUAACAAUAAUGGUUAUAAUAUUAUUGUAAUAUCCAUGAUAUGUCACUAUCACUAAAUUAGGUCCACAUCUAAUCAUCGACUAGUCCUUACUCUACAUACAAGUUAUAGUAAUCAGUUAAGUGAUGUCUGACUUGUUGUACAAAUAUAUGAUGGCAUUAGGUUUGGUAUCACUGUUACACUCGGCCUACUCCGCGGCCCAACACCGAAGUUAUGUGCGAUUAGUUGAACAGGAGUUCACAGGAUUGCCACAAGACAUUGUCGUCCAGUGUUUGGUUAGUCUAUUGGUCACUAUUGCGGCCAUCGUUGUACUCAACACAAGAAAUAUGCGUGAAAUUCGCGCUUUGGAUGACCUCAAAGACAAAACGGUUGACUCCAUCAACAAUAGACCCAACUUUUAUAUGUUUAACCACAGAGGAAGGCUUAUUAGAUAA